CAAAAGAACUUCAUCAUACUGCAGCCGAUAGGCUCGGACACGCAUAUGAAGAGCGAAUAUCACCUAGAUGCAUGAUGUCGCUCCAUGAUCCUAAUGCCCAAGGCGGAACCAGCAACGUCGUGACUUUCAGGCCGCAUCAAUAUGAAGGGGACAAGAGGAUGCCCCGGGAACACGUCAGGUGGAUGCUUGACUUUUGCCAGAAAAUGUUCCGGCGCGCACCGGGCGAGACGCAACAGUUCCUCGACGUUGGCUGCGGUAUCGGAGACCUGACGCGAGAGGAGCUGCUUCCUCGAUGCCUGCCGUGCGGGCGCAUCGUCGCCGUCGACUUGUCGGCCGAGAUGGUGGAGCACGCCGCACGUCACUAUCAUCACGACAAGCUAGAGUUCAGGAAGUUGGACAUCGAGAGCGACGAGGACGUGGCUGAGUUCGUCCACGAGCAGGGUCUCUUCGACAGGGUGUACUCGUUUCACGCUAUCACCUGGGUGCGCGACCAGACUAAGGCGCUGAAGAACGUGGCCCGACUUCUCAAGCCUCGCGGCGAAUGCCUCCUGAUUUUCCACGCGUCUCUGCGGUCUUUCGACAUCAACCGAAACCUUGCUAAGAUGGAACGCUGGCGCAAGUAUUCACAGGUGGUCGACCAGCUAGCACCGAAGACGCAUGACAUGAGCUACAACGAGCGCCUUGAAUACAUUUCCAGGCUUCUGAAAGAAGCUGGACUUUCACCGAGCAUAUUGGAGCUUCCAGUGUGCAACAUGCUCGACAAUCACAGCCUCGAUCUCUUGGCUGAGAUAUAUGCCUCGAAGAGUCCCUUGACAGCAGUCGUCUUGGAAGACGAGAAGCAGCAGUUUCUGGCAGACCUGGCACAGGAGACAGCGAAAAUGCACUCUCCCGACGUGGAUCGUACUCGAUACCGGAUUUACGUCAUCAAGGCGUCGAAAAGUAACAAACAGAGCUGCGACUUCAGCAGCCGCUCCUGAAACAGCACAAGGCCCCACCUGUUUCAUCGAAACAAUGAGACAAAUUCAUAAUAAAUGCGGAAAUUGGAGUCACCGUCUUCUUGUUGCAUGAAGGCUCGUUUAAUGUUGGAAAUUACUCGGACUCAGCACGUUAAACGAGAUUAAAAAUACCAGGCAAGAUACCAAUUCUUAUCCUCAAACGAUUAGAUGCACAGUUUAGGUAUAAGGCUAAUUUUGGAACCAUUUAUGAACACAAUCGCUAGUUUUUCCUUCGUGAGUACGUUAUUAAAUUAUUCCGGAGCGUUUCAACUCGGCGUUUUUUAUUGACCACGUGUUGCUUUGGG